GACGGCUUUCGUUGAUAGCCCUACAGUUUUUUUUCUCAAAAUGCGAGGUCAUUGCAAACAUACCGGUCCAAAUAUGUGUGAGAUUUCCUCUCUCGAUCGUGAAAAACAACAGUUAGUAAGAAUGUUUGUCGAAUAUAUUCAAUCGGACAAACAUAAAAAACAUGGCCAUGACCUCGAUCAUGGACAUCAUGGGAAGUGUGGACGCAUGUUUGGUAAACAUGGACAUGGAAAGCAUCAUGGACACGGUAAACAUCAUGGGUAUGGGAUGCACCAUGGUCAUCACGGUCAUCAUGGACAUCAUGGUCCUCAUGGCCACCAUGGACCACACCGUCACGGCAGACCGCACUGUCACCGAGGACGUCACGGUCUGCAUGGUCCACACAACGGCAAAUUCUGGGCUCGUUGGACCAUUGACCUGACCAGCGAUGAAUCUGACAACAACACCAACAACACGAACAUUGAAUCUGGUCGCAAUCCAUCUCCACCACCAUACGAGACCCAGGAACAAGGUACGGACAACGAACAACAACAAAUGGGCAAAAAUAAAUGUGAUUGCAAAUGUGCUCGAAAGGGACGUCACGGUGGCCGUUUUGGACAUGGCAAGUUCCACAAGAAAAAUAAACAAACUGUAGCUGAAAACAAACCAACUGAAGAAGCCCCAGCCAAUGUUGAAGAGCCACAAGCUAAUUUAACUGAAAUGGUGGAAAAUAUUAACAUUGAAAACUCUGAAUGAAUCAAUUUGAAGGUUGGAAACACAAUGGAACCCACUUGAGAAAUCAAUGAUGCCGGGGUUUUACCUUAGAUAAUGACGCUAUAUUGUGGUCGCACUAUUAAUAUAGCAUUUUAAAUGAUGAUGGUAACAAAGGUAUUAUUAUAAAUAAUAAAAUGAUGGCUUUGGAAAAAUACGGAAUUAAAUGAAAGAUAUAGAGUGGUAAUAUAAAAGUAGAAGAUGUAUUGAAACUACGUAUAAUGUAUAAUCAGUAACUAGAAAUAAUGAAUAAUAUGAAGUUCAGGUAAGCAAAAAUACACUUUAUUCCAAUAACAAUUGUGUUUUAUUUGAAAUGUUUUGUGUUUUAGGUGGUUUUUAGAAACAAGUUAACCUUUGGACAAGUGAUAAUAAAAAAUAAAGCGAGUGAAUUAUAUGCAAUGAUAAAUAAAAUUGCAAUGGUUAAAAUCCUGCUUCACUUAAAAAUGGAAAAAAAUAAGCCUAUGUGUGUCCUCAAAGUAAUUAUUGGGAUAUAAAAUAUACCGAAAAGAAUGUGUAAGUAAAUAAAUUUCUGUGAGUAUAGAACAUACAUCAAUUCUUUUCAGCAAAGAUAAAUAAAUUAUUAAAGUUUAAUUUACAACAGAAUAAUGGAUGAAAAACUAUUGUAUGUAUAUGUAUGUAAAAUUAUGUGAAUGUGCCACAAAUGUUAAAGCAGUGGCCAAAAUGUUAAAUAUUGGGUAAGUUUCGGUAGGUAUUGUAAAAGUGGAAACAUUAAAUAUAUGAGUACUAUAUCUAUAGUGUCACUUUUAAACUUAAUAGUCUAGAAGAGUAAGCAAUGAGGUAUAUUUUCCUGGUUAUGUUUUUAGUCUGUUAAUUUCAGACUCUAUGCUGAGAAUGUUUAAGUACAAAAUUGAAU